AUGGCUCGUCAAGGUUGUGCUGAAGGAAAUUGUGGUAAUAGUAAUGUUGUUGCACCCGAAUAUCGACUUAAAGCUCGUCAAGGUUGUGCUGAAGGAAAUUGUGGUGGUAAUGCUGUUGCACCCGGAGAACGUAUCUAG